CGAUUUCGUCUCUUCACGCUGCAAUAGAGCCGUAGCAUGUCUCUAAACUUUGAUUUCACAUUAAACUAUUCAUUUUUAUAUUCUCAUUCCCAUCGUUUUCUCCCUCAUCCUAGGCGGGCGUGCUCUUUUAGUUCCCUCCUAGCCGCUGUCACAUCGCUAAAUAGAGCAAAGCGAGCACCCUUAACGGCAAUAUUAGCUCAAGACGACCCCUGAAACACUUACCCAAGACAACACACCUGCCCAUCGCAGAUUAUCCGGUACGGAUCCGCCCGCAUUGUAAUUAUAAAUUGGAUCCUUUACCUUUUUACAAUUGGACAGAACAUCAUGAAGGUUCAUUUACGUCCGCGGAGACAAUCCUACCUCUUCGCAGCCUUGUCUAAUCCCCAAUUAACCCUCAGCUUUCCCUUGGCAGCUGUCUCCAGCCUUACCUUAUAAUCCAGCGCGUCCCCUGAUGUACUCUGACAGGCACAAGAGACGGUAUACCGUCCAGUCACAACAGCAACGCACCUCGCCAUCAUGAGAAACCCGCUAACGUCGUGGUUGGCUCGCGCCGUGUUGACUUUGCUGUUUGCUACCGGACUUGCGGCAUCUAGCUUCCUUCCGACGGGCACCACCUACUGGUUUUUUCAACGUUCUUUGGUUGCGAAAAAUUGGCUGUAUAUUGACGGCGGCGAGAUUUGGGGGACAUGGGGCCAUGCCGGCGCCAAUGCCAGUGUUCAGUGGAAUGAACAGACCUUCGCGAUCGACCUCUCCAAAUCUUGGACGACAGACUCGGUUGUCCCUGUCAAGUCGAAUAAAACCUCAAGCGUACCACUUGGAAAGCGACCUGACUUGUGGUACGACCCAAAAAAAGACACGGUUCUAUCCGUAGCUGGUCUGCAAUAUAAAAAAAACGGAGGCUCCUUUUAUUUGAGCCCCCCCCAAGAAUGGGAGUUCCAACCCAAAGACGAUGGAAGCGUUAGCUGGUCUCUCCACACCGGAGACUCGGACGGCCCUGCUGCACAUCUUCAAACCUGUUCUGGACAAUAUGUAACGACACCCGACGCUCACUUUAUACAUGGAGGCUUCUACUAUAGCUACGGCGACAAUGGUAAAACCAUUAGCCAAGCAUUGGAUCAGAUGUUUAUCAGUAACUUUACUUCGGACAAAUACGAAAAUACGACAUUGUCGAAUACCCUGAAUACCCUUCGAACCGACGGCGAGGGACAGUACGUUCCGGUCUUUGGGACUGACGGGGUCAUACUCUAUUUUGGGGGCCAAACUCCUACAGACCCCAGUAUGCGUACCUUGGUCCCAGCAGCACUCGACGUAAUCACAGUCUAUGAUAUCGGAUCUAAGAAGUUUUACCAGCAAGCGGCGACGAAUGCGCCUGCUAGUCGUAUGAAUUUCUGCUCCGCUUCUGCAGGUACGCCAGGUAAGAACGGGACGUACGAGAUUUUCAUAUUCGGAGGGAGAUAUUCCUCGUUCGAUCAUGGGGAGCGUAAAGAUGAAGUUCUGCAAAAGGUAUUCAUCCUUACCUUGCCAGCCUUCACAUGGAUAGAAGCGCCCAACCAAGCGGAGCAUUGGCGCACGACACAUACUUGCGCCCGAAUAAAUAAUCGCCAAAUGAUCAGCAUCGGUGGUAUCCCAGGCGAUAAUCUGGGUAAUAUACCCUCGAUGACGGAGGGGGACGCAUUGCCGAACGGACUGGUUCUUUUCGAUAUGACGACUUUGGAGUGGACGACCAAAUACGACCCUAACGCCGCGGCCUAUAAGCCAGCCGAUAUAGUGACAGCCAGCUAUAAGGCGACGGGGACUUACCCUCAGCUAUGGAAUGACCCGGCACUAGAGCAAAUCUUCGUGAGAAAGGAUGCUUCCCAGAACCCAUCCGGAACCUCAACGGGAACAUCUACGGGAACCUCUACGGGAACCCCAACUGGAACCCCAACUGGUAUUGGUAGUAAUGACAAGUCGACUUCGACUAAUAUAGAUGGAGAAGCUCCGAAAUCCAAAGCGCCCAUUGGAGCCAUUGUAGGGGGCGUCAUCGGAGGCGUGGCUGUUCUUGCCAUUCUCGCGGCCGUCAUCUUCUUCUGGCGGCGUAGAACACAACAGCAGAAGAACGUACCCCAAAUCGGUCCACAGAACAAGGAGUAUUACUCCGUUUCACAAGUACCACACGAUACGAGUGAAAUGUGGACUAUGGGUAACAUUCCCGAGACGUCGGGGAACCCCAUCCACGAACUACCAAACUCGGUCAAGAAAUUUGAAUUGGGACCGGGGAAAUAGAAUAUAAAUCUAUAUACAAACAUAACAGUAAUUAAUGGAGUUCAAACAACUAAUAAAAAUUCUCAUUCUGAUC